AUGUCGAACGGAAUUGUUUUACGGUCCUUCUCCCAACGCAUCACAGCUUGGCCAGAUGGUGAUUGGUCAGGCAUUUCUGAUCCUAAACUGCGCAGGAGGAUGCAGAACCGCCUAAACCAGAGAGUCCGACGGCUAGAGAAAAAGAAGCAGACUGCGGUCUCAGCAACAGAUAACGACAGGAGCUGCCGCGGAAAUCCCCACACCGCUAGGGAACAACACCCUCAAGGAGCACUCGGACCCUCUGAUGACAACAAGAAGCAACAUUCAGAGGCUUAUCCUGUCGUUGACAGUUCUGCAACUGCACGUGGAUUGAUGGAGGAGGUUGAAUAUAUACAUAUCCUGAACCCGGAUUCGGUGGAGACUAAGAGGAUAAUGCAACAUUUAGGGGCUAUAGCACGACACCAGUACUUGCUUAGUUCCUCUCAUACAGAUAUUCUACCCCAUUUGAUCCAGUUCAAUUUCACGAAGGCUCUCAUGGAAAACACGAGAAUCUUGGGGCUCACCUCUGAGGGGUUACAUGAUGAUGCCAUCUCACCGUUCAAUAUUGCUGGCCCGUGGAAGCACGACUUUGCAGUCGCCGUCCCUCCAAGUCUUCAGCCCACCAUACUCCAGCGCACUGUACCUCAUCAUCCGUGGCUUGAUCUGCUCCCGAUUCCACAGAUGAGAGAUAACCUAAUUGCCGCUGGAGAGUCCUACGACGAAACCCAACUCUGCCUUGACAUGAAAGGACAGGGGAGCGCGCGCACAGGACGAACAGGCAUCAUUGUUUGGAAGGACCCCUGGGAUCCGACUGGAUGGGAAGUAAGCGAAGCCUUUGCUCAGUCCUGGGGAUGGGUUCUUCAAGACUGUUGGGAUCUUCUCCGGAGCACAAAUUCUUGGAGAGCACAACGCAAUGAAAAACGCCUUUCUCGCUUAUCAUGA